CGUUACCGGUCAAUUAACCUAUUUACCAAUUUAUUCAUUAAUUUUCACAUUACAAUCAACCAACCUGCCUGGUAAUGUGAUAACUACAUGUUCGAGAAACCCUAAUGACCUGAGAUAGACUCACCCACUCGACUAAAAGAUAUGCAAAUACACAAUUGACUAGUGGCGUGGUUAAAAUUGAUGCAGUCAAAUGGUUAUAUUACCAUCGAUUGGACAUAACCAGAUACCUGUGACCGUGUCGAAAAAACAAGGAGGGAGCGCAACAGAAUCAUUUGGUUUAUACAAGCUCUUAAGUUAGCAUAUCUGAUAAGCCAAUAGAAAAUCACAUUUAAUCAGUUCUGGGAAUCACUCAACGCAACAGAAGCUACUUAAUUUCCGAGCCAUAUCAUAAUACAACAAAUACAAUUUGAGUUGGCAUAUUUGACUAUGACGCUACGUCACUGGAAUUGGAUAGCCUGAGGAUUUACGUCCUUUCGUGACAUCCGCGCUAAAUGUCAGCCUAUAGCAGUUUACUCUCAGGCCAUGCCUAUCGUAAACUCCCCGGUGAAGAGAGGGUUGAUCAUUGCUCGGCUUCUCAUGUAACUUAUGGUGGUCUAAAUCUGCAUGGUGUGAUAGAGCUAACAAACUUUCAAGUAGUAUUUAUUGCUUUACCCAACGAAGCUAGUUCUGCUCGUGCACCAAAAUCAUUUCACGGUUCAGAUAAAAAGAGAUACAUCUUAAAGCUGCCAUUGGGAACAAUUCGAAACAUUGACCAGAAAUCCAACCAGGGAAAUAUUUCACUUCAUAUUGUUUGUAAAGAUAUCCGAGAACUAGUGUUCGCCUUCCCGGACUGUGGGCGAAGUCUUGGGUUCUGUGAAAAUCUUAAAGCAAACGCGUUUCCUGCUAUUUCCAAAAAAACACUGUUUGCUUAUUUAUAUGGAGCAAAGUGCAUUGCAAAUAGUGUUUUUGCAAUAGAUGGUUGGGAUGUGUAUAAUCCAGAAGAGGAAUAUCACCGCCAGAACAUUUUUACUAACGGCUGGAGGAUUACAAAAAUUAACAUGGAUUAUAGGUUGUGUGAUACUUACCCAGCUAUUUUAGCUGUUCCAUGGGAAGUAACUGAUGAACUUCUAGUCGCAUGUGCACCCCAUCGCAGCCGCGGUCGGAUACCUGUUUUAAGUUGGUUGCAUCCUGAAAGCAAAGCAAGUCUAACCAGAGCAAGUCAACCUCUUGUUGGUGUCCAGGGCCGCCGCAGCUCUGACGAUAAAGAACUUGUUCGUCAGCUCAGAAUAGCCAAUGCUAAUGCAAAUAACCUUUUGAUAUUCGAUGCUCGCCCACAGGUUAACGCAAUAGCUAAUAUGGGCGUUGGCGGAGGUGUUGAAAGUCCAGCUUAUUAUGAAAACGUUCAAUAUAUGUUCUUAAAUAUACAAAAUAUACACGCAAUGCGAGCUGCAUUGACAAAAGUUUUCGAGGCCUGUUUUCCAUUACCAGACGAUACACGAUGGUUUAAGCAACUGGCUGACUCUAAAUGGCUUUAUCAUAUUAAACAAAUUAUUUUCGCCGCAACCAGUGUAGCCGAUAAAAUUGAAAAUCAUAAAACAUCUGUGUUAAUACAUUGCUCAGACGGUUGGGACCGGACAACUCAAGUUACAUCUUUAGCAAUGUUGAUGCUAGAUCCGUACUACCGUACAAUACGCGGAUUUGAAGUAUUAGUCGAGAAAGAGUGGUGUUCUUUUGGGCACAAAUUCGCACAGCGCACAGGUGGACCUACCGAUGGUGGGAUUUAUUUGCCUCCCAACUCAUCAAGUUCUGUUGUUAAUGAAACUGGUGGAGGACGGCCAUCAAGCCCUGAGGAGCGUUCCCCAGUAUUUUUACAGUUCAUUGAUUGUGUGUGGCAGACGAUGCAGCAAUUUCCUCAUUCAUUUGAAUUCAACGAACGAUUUCUCAUAACAAUAAUGGAUGAGUUAUAUUCUGCGCGAUUCGGAACAUUUCUUUUCAAUUCAGAAAUGCAAGGACGCGACCAUGGUGUACGUGAAAGGACUAUUUCAUUGUGGGCAUAUAUCAAUGCAGAUAUCCAGUUGUAUCAAAACCCACUUUAUACUCCUGCUGAGAUCAGUGGUCAUCGUGUGAUUUUUCCUCAGCAUGCAUUAGCUCAGCUUCAAUUUUGGACAGCUUACUACAUAAGAUGGCAUCCACUCAUGCGUUUACAAGAGCCCAUAGCACGUCGAGAGAGAGCCUUAAUAUUGAUAAUGAAACGAUUCAGGGAACUUACAGCUGCCACGCAACGUGAAUGUGCUAAACCAACUCUCAAUAAUGUAUCUGAUAACUCAACACACAGUAGGUCCCGUUCAAAUAGUUCAAAGAUCUAAAAAUGUACCCUUCAGCAAAUAGCUGAUAAACAAUUUCUUAAUUCGCCAACUCCUAAGACGCAAACAACCGAAAUGUGAUAUUAUCUUUUAUCUCUUUUUACAUAAUCUAAAAUUGAUUUUAAUUCUUAAUACAAAACUGCUACUAGAGUAACUUAUUUUUCGGUAUUUGGUCAUCCCAAAAAAAUGUGCUACACCGGGCAGCUGGAUUGUCUGAAGCGCCUUGAGGGCGUGCACAAACCCAAAACCGCCUGCCGAGUCGACUACCUUUAGUUGUUUUUAAAUUUUUCACAGUCCUCAUGACGCAAGGUUCUUUGUGGCCAAGGCAUACAGGAGGUUUCUUCGGCCCUGAAAAAAGAUUUCGCCAUGCUUCAGUUGACCGAGCUGUUUGAGAUGGGUCGUAAUUUUUCCUUUGGAGAGUUUCAGUCGUAUUUUCUUUACUUGAAAAUUGAUCAUGUAUACGUGUAGCCGUCUCUAUUGGUAUAGACUCUGAUAAAAAACAUAGUGUAUGAAUUAACUGAUAAUACAGCAGUUUUUUUCAUUAAAUUAUCAAAAUUGUUUUAAGUAAUAUUGGAUUCGGUUAUCAAGUGUAUUUAAAAAUAUCUACGGUUACUCUUUAUCUGUGCAACUCAAAUAGUAGGGAAAUGGAGAAAUUACUAUGUUUGAUAGAAAAUAACUAAUUAGAUCCCCCAAAAAUAAGAUUCUUCGUCAUAGGCAUAUAACAAUCACAAAAAUGAGUCAAGGAUAUUAUCUGAUUUUCACCUGAGAACUUAAUGAACAGUGUUUAGACUAACUUACCCCUGAAGGUGAUUUUCGUUUGCCUGAAAGCGAGACGUUUCUCUUUGGAAUGCGAAUUUCUUACACAGGAUACGGAAGCUUGUGUGUCAUGAGAAGUAAAAGCUUGUUUAGUUACUUUGGAAUGACUCUUUGGCAUUACGAAGCUCUCUAAGUCCAUUUGCUUUCUCUGACAUUGGGGCCAGUAAUGAGAGCAUUUAGGUGGAAAUGAAUAGGAAAAAAUCAAAUUUGAAUUGUAAAAAUAUGGUAGAUCUGCAUAUAUUGGGCAAUGAUCAGAUCCAUUUAUAUGUGACAUCAAGUCUGCUUGUAUACUGUUAUCUGAUA